AUGGCGGCGGCGGGCGGGGGGGGUGCCGCGGUGUCGGUGCUGGCCCCCAGCGGGCGGCGGGUCACAGUACGGGUGGGGCCCGGCACGGUGCUGCUUCAGAUCCUCGAGGAGGUCUGUAGGAAGCAGGGCGGCAGCCCCGGGGAGUACGGCCUCAAGUUUCAGAGGAGCGUGUUGGAUCUCUCUUUACAGUGGAGAUUUGCCAGGCUGCCCAACAAUGCCAAGCUGGAGAUGGUGCCAGUCUCUAAUAGAGUGGGAACUGGAAACAUGGUUCGGAUCGCAUUGCAGUUGGAUGAUGGCUCCCGUUUACAAGACACCUUUCUCUGUGAACAGACUUUGUGGGAACUUCUCAACCAUUUUGCAAAGAUUAGGGAGUUUAUGGAACAACAUGGUGAAUUCUCUCCGGUCUGUGUUUACAUGAGAGAUGAGAUCGCAGGAAAAAACGCCCUAGAGAAGACAACGCUGAAGUCACUUGGCCUGACUGGAGGCAGCGCCAUCGUCAGAGUUGUCAUGAAGAAAUGCAGUUCAUCUGGUCAGGAGGAAGCUGUGGGUGCCACGGUGCAGUGUAAUGAGUUGACAGUGAGGCAAGACUCAAGUGAAGGAGCAGAGGAUGUUCCCCUACCUCAAGCAAACACAUUCCCAAAGGACUUGGACCAUGGGGAUGUGGCCAUGUCUUUAAACAGCUGCACAGACAAGCAAGACUCAAUUAGAGAAUCUCCUACCACCUUGGAGGAGCUGUGGCCUUCCUCAGAGCCUGAGUCGACCCCAUUUGUCCCUUUUUCUGGAGAUGGACAGCGUCUGGGGGACUCUUCUAUAGCUGCACCAUUUCUUGGGUUAGAUACGUCAUCUUCAGUGUUGCCAACAACAACUUCUAGCCCUGGAGGCCCUUCUAAGCCAAAGAAGUCUAAGAACAGCCAAGAACUGCAAAAGGAGCAAGAACAGCUUGUAGACCGAGAACCACUUGUAUGUCACCUGGACCUUCUAGAACCACUUCCUGCUGCCCCAGAAGAGCUUCCUGAUGAGUUUUUUGAAGUCACAGUGGAUGAUGUGCGGAAACGCUUGGCACAGCUGCAGAGUGAGAGGAAACGCCUGGAAGAAGCUCCACUGAUGACAAAAUCCUUGAGGGAGGCUCAGCUAAAGGAAAAGUUAGAGCGUUACCCAAAGGUGGUGCUGAGAGUCCGUUUUCCAGACCGUUAUGUUCUACAGGGGUUCUUCCAUCCUAGUGAAACUGUUGGCAUUUUGAGAGCCUUUGUAAGAAGCCAUCUUGCAGAUGCAGAGUUGCCAUUUUACUUGUUUAUUGCACCUCCCAGAACCAUUUUGAAGGAUGAAAGUUUGACGCUCUUGGAGGCUAAACUCUUUCCAACUGCUGUCAUACAUUUUGGAUCAGAGGAGUGCAGGGACUGUUACCUGAAGUCAGACCUGCUGAGCUCUGCUGUUUCCCCUUCUGCAGCUGAUGUAUUAGUAGCCAGAUGUUUGUCCAAAUCAUUAGUUUCUUCUGCUUCAUCAUCUUUACAAUCAACAGUUCCAUCCCUGUCUGAGCCAGAAGUGGGAAGAGACAAGAAGACCGAUGAGCAGCCAGAGCCAGCAAGUGUGCGUGAAGCUCCACCGGUGCUGAGGAGGGCCCCUGGGAAAAUACCCAAAUGGCUGAAGCUGCCAGGUGGAAAGAGAUGAAACAUUCUGGGCUGCUGGAUCAGUGUCAGCUGUGCCCCUUCCCUGAGGAAAUUACUCAGAAUGUGUAAGAAAUUGUUGGUGACCCUGGAGAGGUCUAAUCUGUAUGAACAUUAAUAAUAAAUAGAAAAUUGCUAUUUCAGAUGGCAGUUGUACCAUUUGGAGGAGUAGAAGGCCUAUUUGUAGUCUUCAUUAUCACAGAAGCAAGGUGGAAGGUUUAAGGCUUCUUUUGCAUGCAAAUAAUAUGAAUAGAGAAUUAAGAGGGAAAUAAUGCCUAUAUACUUUCUGUGAAGGACUUUGUUUCUAUGCAUAUUUUUAAAUCUUCCCAGUUCUGCCUUCAGAGAUAACUUGACUCAUGCUGUCUGAAUUCUAGCAGCAAGAUACAGUCCCAUUCAGUUUUACCUAUACUUAAGUGCUGUCUAGAAUAAGGCCUCUCUGCUUUUUGCUGGUUGGUGUUAGUGCUGCUGCUAAUUCUGGGUAUAGAUGGCUGGAAAGUGAGCAAAGAGGAAGUACUUGGGUGACUUCCAACAGGUCAGAUCGGCUUUUCGUGUGACCCUCUUCUUCUGCUGCACCCCUAUUGUUUUCAGUUGCCAGAAGCUUGUUGACAAAGAACACAGAUAUCUGUUAAUGGAAUAAAAAGUGACAGGGAAAAAAACAUCCAGUAAAAGGGUCUCUUCAUGUGACAUUUGAUCUAUGGCCUUCCAUGGUCCGACUGUUUCUCAGCAGAGUUUCUGUUCUCUGCAGUGCUAUUCAGGUACAAGGGGAAGCACUAGUCCAGGUCUUUGCCUCCUGCAGAUGUGUGGAGCUUAAUACUGUUGGUUAGAAUUGCACUUACUCUGGAGGUGAACUGUGUAGUGCCACAGUAGCAAGGGUGCUGUGUUUUAUUUGAAGUUGUCUCCAUGGAUCAGUGAUCCAUACUGGGAGGCUGGGGUUCCAUGUUACUGUAAUAUGUUUUCCAUUUUCCCUACCAUAGACAAUUGUUCCCUGAACUGCAUGUGCAUCUGCACAAUUUGUAAAUGUAAUAAAGCAGAGUGGCCAUAGGA